UCUCUCUUUCCCUCUGUCUCUGUCUCUGUCUCUGUCUCAAGCCUAACAAAACUCCUCUCUUUUAAACCUUUCUUUUCUUUUCUUUUUCAAAAUCCCUGUAUAAAAAAAAUGGGGAGCAAGAGAGAUUCAAAUUCUGCAGUGAAAAAGGUGUUUGAAUGGAUAAGGAAGCAAUCGAAGAAGAUGAAGAUCUUACUUGCAGUCAUGGCGAUGCUGUUUUCUUUAGUGGCAUUGAAGCUUACGGCGAAAUAUCACAAUCACUUUUUUGUUGCCUCUGAGUCCAUCCAUGCCGCUGGGAUUCUGGUUUUGAUUUACAAGCUUACUACCAAGAAGACAUGUUCUGGGCUUUCGCUCAAGUCUCAAGAGCUCACAGCAAUAUAUUUAGCAGUGAGAGUAGUGUGCAGCUUCAAUUUGGAAGGUGACAUUCAUACAUUGCUAGAUUUCGCCACCUUCCUUUUUACUGCAUGGGUUAUAUUUAUGAUUCGAUUCAAGUUGAAGUCCACCUAUAUCAAGGAGCUUGAUAACUUUCCCAUCUAUUAUAUGGUGGUGCCUUGUGCUAUACUUGCUAUGUUAAUCAACCCACGUACUGCACAUAUAUACUUCAGUCAUGUUCUUUGGGCCUUUUGUGUUUAUUUGGAAGCAGUUUCAGUGAUGCCACAGCUUCGUAUGAUGCAGAAUGCAAAGAUGAUUGAACCAUUUACAGCCCAUUAUGUGUUUGCACUUGGUAUGGCCAGAUUCCUAGCCUGCGCUCAUUGGAUUAUCCAGGUGUAUGAGACAGGAGGGAGGUAUCUGUUCUUGGUGGGAUAUGGUUACCUUUGGUUUCCCAUGGCUAUACUUGCAGAAAUUGUUCAAACAUUCAUCUUGGUUGACUUCUGUUACUAUUAUAUUAAGAGUUUCAUGCAGGGCCAACUGAUAAUUAGAAUGCCAGUUUAGAUGUAUUGAAAUUAUGUUAGACAAAGACAAUCUGAUUAGAUACAUAGUUUCAGUCCAUCUGUUUUAAAGUUUACAGCCAUAACGUACUUCUGUAGUUCAAAUUUUCUGGUAUUCUAUGGAAGUGAUUUUGAUGAUAGUUUACAUA